AUGCUGCGUAGACUGGCGAUCUCCGUUUCGAUUCCCAAAAUGGUCUGUACUGUGUCGGGUGGUUUUGAUGUCUGUUCUCGUGUCUCUGCAAACGUGUGUUUUAUGCUUCAGCACUUUGAGGGCGGUCAGCAGCCAACUUUCCACCACAUCUCCGGCUAUCCAAAUCAGAGCCGACCCUUAGUUACGCUUUCUCCGUUUGGAGAUGCACCUCAGACGGAGAUGGACACUCUGAGAUCGGCAACUGACAAUAGUGUCCUGGGCAAAUCUGAGAUCAUGAGUAUACCGUUCGGUUAG